UUGAAAAUUUAGUUUUUAUAAGGUUGAACUUCUUUAACAAUUAUUAUUUAAUUAAUAGUAUUCUCCAUGGUGUUAUAGAUCCGUCGAAAACCCCAACUUUACAUAUUUGUCAAUGGGCGAUGGGGUUGAUAGAGAUUGUGAAUUGCGUACAGUACUGUAAAUAUUUUGUUAAUUGUGGAUCAUUGUAGUGAUUAUUGAAGUUGAAGUUCGCGAUCAUUGUGAAUUUUAUUCACUUUAUAAUAUUUUCACGAGUGGCUGUUGUCAUGCGAUGGUGUAAAAUUGAAGAUAAUUAUUAAUUCUUGUAUGAAAGUACUCUUAAAAACUUGAAAUAUCCAUCAUAUAUUCAUUUAAUGAAAAAUGGCCGACGAUUCUUGGCGUACUGCUGCGUUCAGACAAAGUAUUGUCACAAAAAUCGAAGAAGUUAUACGCCAGUCUGGAAUGCCUACAUCAAGGAAUAGUGUAGAAAUGGAAAGUCAUGUUUUUCAAAAAGCAAAAACUAGAGAAGAAUAUUUGGGUUUUGUGGCCCGAUUAAUUUUACAUGUUAGAGAAAUGAACACAAAAAAGGGAGCUGCUAAUAUGCCUGGACCAGGAGGGGGCCAACCUGGUGCAGGGAUGCCUGAUCCUAUAAAUGCACUUCAAAAUUUAGCCAGUCAAGGUUCACGUAACAAUCAGAUGAUGGGAAUGGGUGGACCACAAGGAGGACAUUUAGGGGGUCCUCAGCAAAUGCCCCCAAUUUCUGCUUCUAAUUUGUUGCAAACCUUAAACAGAGGACCAGGACAAAAUUUAAACAACAUGCCUGGUAAUAUGCAGCCAAGGCCUCCAAUGAUGAUGAGUCCAAAUGGAGGCCCUAUUCCAGGACAAAUGGGAAAUCAAAUGGGUGGACAAAUUGCAAAUCAAAUUUCUGGACAAAUGCAAAAUACAGCAAUGAACCAAAUGACAGGACAGUUGACAAGUCAACUGCAAGUUGCAAAUCAGAUGGGUAGCCAGUUAACCAAUCAGAUGACAAGUCAAUUACAAAACCAAUUAAAUGCUGGUAUUCAGGGGCCAAUUUCUAACACAAAUCAGCUUCCAAGUCAAUUGCAAAACCAAAUAGGUGGACCGUUAUCUAAUCAAAUGUUGGGACAAAUACACCAGAUUCAACAACGUAAACAAGGUGACAGUAUGAUGAUGAAUGUGCCAAAUACUGCUUUCCCCAGAAACCAACCAUCCAAUCAAUUUGUAAGACAAAGCCCUUCUCCAUCUGUCCAAUCUCCUGUUGGAUUGGGGGGUCCCCCUUUAACAAACCAGAUGGUUGCAUCUCCAGCUCUUGCUCCUUCACCUAACUCUCAAAUAAAUCUUGGAGCUCAAAGGUCGGUUGGAAUGGCUCCCAGUCCCAGCAGCUCAUUAAAUACACCCGGACAACCUGGACAAAGUCCCAUGGGAAUGCAAGAGGAACAAAUAUACAGAGAAAAAGUACGACAGCUCAGUAAAUACAUUGAACCAUUAAGAAAGAUGAUUGCCAAGAUGGGUAAUGAUGGUGAGCACGUUGAAAAGCUGAGCAAGAUGAAAAAGCUUCUAGAAAUUCUUUCAAAUCCAACUCAAAGAAUGCCCCUGGAAACCUUGUUGAAAUGUGAGGUUGUUUUGGAAAAGCAAGAUUUCAGAAGACAUGAUGUUAGUGUUCCCCCUCCAACAACAACGACAACAAUGGGUCUUACAUUCAAGGAACAUCAUGCUUUUAAUCCUCUUUUGGAAGCUGUAAGCAAUAAUUUACAGUCUCCAGUUAUCAAUCAUACAUUACAGAGGACUUUUGGUCCGACUUUGGAGGCUCUCUUUGGUCCCGAAAUAAAACUGGUACCUCCACUAAAACGGAAAAGAGUUGAAGAGCCUUCCAGUGACAUUCCAGAUGUGUUGCAAGGAGAAAUUGCCCGUUUAGAUCAGAGGUUUAAGGUAUCUCUAGAUCUUAGUCAACAACCUGGCUCCAAAACUAUUCAGCUUCUUUGCUGGCUAGAUGAUAAGCAUUUACCGUGCGUUCCUCCAGUUUCUUUAACGGUUCCUGAAGAUUAUCCAAAAAGUUCUCCCAAAUGCCAUAUGGCCUCCCAUGAAUAUAAUGCAACGAAAUUUUUAUCUGCAGUUCAAGAAGCUUUACUAGCAAGAAUUAAAAAAUUGCCCAAACAUUUUUCUGUUUCUCAGUUACUAGAUACCUGGGAAAUGAGUGUGAGACAGGCCUCCGCCCCUUCUUAUACUCAGAUAUCUACUACAACUCUCCUAAUGGGACUGUAA